CAAUCAAGCUAGGUCUAGUGUAUCGCCCGUACCUUUACAUACAGCUAGAUAUGUGUUUGCACAAUGUUACGUUUGAGCGAAUAAUUACGGCGCAGAUGCAGAUCUGACUAACUGUCUUGUAUUUAUUGUCAACGUGGCUUCCGCAGUGGACACUGACGUUGUGAAGCAGAUUUGUGGCUUCUCUUUUGAAAUUUUGAAAUCAUAAGUGUAUCACCAUGACGAGAACAAUGUUAUCAAUCUUACUGGUUUGCUGCUUCAUUCUGGCUACCCAUGUUGAAGCAUUUUAUUUGCCAGGACUUGCGCCGGUUAGCUUUUGCGCUCCGGAAGUUCAGAAAGCCCACGAAGAAGACCCUUCAUUUUGCAAGAGUGACAUCAAUCUGUUUGUCAACCGGUUAGACUCUGUGGAAAAUGUCAUCCCUUAUGAAUAUGACAGAUACGACUUCUGCCAGACCAAGCAAGAGUACUCCCCAUCGGAGAACCUGGGUCAGGUGGUCUUUGGGGAGCGUAUCACCUCCUCACCGUAUAACUUCACCUUUGGUCAUAACAACACAUGUAAGAAGGUCUGCACAAAGAGCUACAAGGCUGGAGGUGAAGAGGCAGAAAAGGCAGAGAUGAAGCACAAGCUCAAUUUCUUGCUUCGAGGCAUUCAGCUGAACUACCAACACCACUGGAUUAUUGACAACAUGCCAGUGACGUGGUGUUAUGAGGUACAGGGUGGCUCGAAAUAUUGCUCUCCAGGUUUUCCAAUUGGAUGUUAUGUUGAUAAAGAUGGCAACCGCAAGGACGCUUGUGUCAUUGAUGCCCAUUACGAGAAGGAACAACACUACUACGUCUUCAACCAUAUUAACAUCACCAUCGCCUACCAUUCCCUUGAUGACGGCAUCAACCGUCUUGUUUCUGCCAAGCUUGAACCACUCAGUAUGAAACACAGGACGCCAGACGAGUGCGUCUUCCCUCAUAGCGUGAAUUACGAGCCGUUGUCACUCCAAAAAUCAGACUUGAACAAAGACCUGGACAUCACGUAUUCCUACUCAGUACACUUUAUACCAAACCAACAAGUGCGUUGGGCAUCACGUUGGGAUUACAUCCUAGAGUCCAUGCCACAUACCAACAUCCAAUGGUUCAGUAUUAUGAACUCCCUGGUGAUCGUCCUGUUCUUGUCUGGUAUGGUAGCCAUGAUCAUGCUGAGGACACUGCACAAGGAUAUCUCUCGAUACAAUCAACAGGAUCUGGAAGAGGCCCAGGAAGAGUUUGGCUGGAAGCUUGUCCAUGGUGAUGUGUUCAGGCCACCGAGAAGCGGUAUGCUCCUCUCCAUCUUCCUAGGAACCGGAGCCCAGAUUGUCAUCAUGUCCUUCAUCACACUUGGUUUUGCUUGUCUGGGAUUCUUGUCGCCAGCCAACCGUGGUUCUCUGAUGACCUGUGUCAUGGUUCUCUAUGUCCUGUUGGGAUUCAUUGCUGGAUACGUCUCCUCCAGAAUAUACAAGACAUUUGGUGGUGAGCGCUGGAAGUCUAACGUCCUCUCUACCAGUUUCCUCAUCCCAGGCAUCAUCUUCGGUAUCUUCUUCAUCCUCAAUCUCAUCUUGUGGUAUGAGCACAGCUCUGCAGCCAUCCCCUUCAGCACCUUGGUGGCCGUCUUGGCUCUCUGGUUCUUUGUCUCCACCCCCUUGGUCUUCAUCGGUGCCUACUUCGGCUUCAAGAAGCGGCCCAUCGAGUUCCCUGUACGCACCAAUCAGAUCCCUCGUCAGAUCCCCGAGCAGUCUUUCUACACCCGCCCCUUCCCAGGUAUCAUCAUGGGUGGUAUCCUGCCCUUUGGAUGCAUCUUCAUCCAGCUUUUCUUCAUCCUAAAUAGCAUCUGGUCCCACCAGUUCUAUUACAUGUUUGGUUUCCUGUUCUUGGUGGCUAUCAUCUUGGUCAUCACUUGCUCUGAAGCAACCAUUCUCCUCUGCUAUUUCCAUUUAUGUGCCGAGGAUUAUCACUGGUGGUGGCGCUCCUUCAUGACGAGUGGUUUCACCGCCAUCUACUUCUUCAUCUACUGCAUUCACUACUUUGCCUCCAAACUGACCCUGCACGGCUGGGCCAGCACUGUCCUCUACUUUGGAUACACAAUCAUCAUGGUUAUCCUCUUCUUCCUCUUCAGUGGUACCAUGGGAUUCUUUGCUUGCUUCUGGUUUGUCACCAAGAUCUAUGGCUCAGUCAAGGUCGAUUGAUGAGGCAACAAAUUGGGACUUUCCCCAGAAGAGGGACUUCCCCCAAUCAUCGUAAGCAUAGAGGAAACGUAAGGGCUUGUGAAUAUAUAUAUACAGGAUUUAACCACUUUUAAUAUUUGUUCCAUAUUAUUUGAACUAUUUGGAAUAUGUAAAUACACUGGAAGGUUUUCAAUAAGUUUGAAAUUUUUAUCAAAGUAUGUUGUAGAGUGUGACCAAUGUACGGCAUGAUGGCGAAUCAUGAAAGCACUUCGAAAGGCAGAAGUCAGAACUAUGACGUUGCUCAUAUCCUGGGGUUUUUCCUUCAAACAUCUGCCGAAUAUAUAUGUCGGUUGUUUUUACAUAUUUUCUAGAAAUUAAAUUUAUGUUACUAUGAAUUAUUUGACAACAAAAAUCUUUUUGGGGGGCAAGAAUUAAGAUGAGAACCAUUCUUUUGAUAUAAAUGAACAGUGGGAUAGUCAAGAUCAGGGGGGCGUUUCACAAAACUUGUCAUCGGUGACAAAUAACAGUUGUUGUUAAAGCUACAAAAAUCCUUGCUUCUGAUUGGUUAUCAACAGAUUUGUCACUGAUUUUUGUAAUUUGUCAUUGAUGAAAUGCUUUGUGAAGCACCCUCCAAGCCAUUGCCUCUUAUACUAAGAAAUAGAUAGUGACAAAAGGUGCUUGGGCUUUUCUCAAGCAUUUCGUUACUCAUCAUUAGUGCAGUGCCUUGUGAUUUGCAUAUAGAUAAUCUCCCUAAUUUUAGUAAGUAACUUUAUUUGUAGCGUGUUAAGAGCUUAGAAGUUCUGAAGACCUCUACAAAAUGCUGCUUCUCUCUUCAUCUUUUGAAAUUCCCUAGCUCUUGAUAUGAAACCAGGGGGGUGUUUCACAAAGAUCCCAAGUCGAACUUCACUCUAAGUUGGACUUGAACAUUAUGGAGAACCAUUUGUGGCCUUCAAAUAAAAUGAAUUCAAAAGCAAAAAUUGAAGUAUUUUCGACUUUUCAUAAAUUCUACAUCAAGAACAUCAAAUCUCCUCGAUAAUAGAAAAAAAUGGGAUCGCUAAGCAUAAAUAAUUAUAUGUAAGCUAAAACAAAGGUUAAACUGGAAAUUUUAUUUCACAACAAACAAACAAUACCCAAUGGUAUGACCACAUUUUGUUGGAACUAUAGAACAAAUUCCCAUUAUGAUAUUACAUCACAUGCUCUUUUUAUAACUAAUAUUUGUGUUUUUUUUUGUCGUUUGUUGUUGGGUUUUUAACCGCUCAGAGACAAAUUUCCCAUCGAUUAAUACUACUCUAUCCUGCAUCUUAAACGUAUUGUAAAUAUGAUGAAGGGCCUUGAUAAAGUCUUUGAUAUUUUGCAAUUUUUUUCUAUGAUUUUAUUUGCUCAUUUCAAUGGAAAUUCCUUAAAUCUGCAAAUGUGUGUUUAUAAAAUAUACAUGUAGUUUAUCUGUUUUCCAUGUUAUUUCAAAGAUAGCGUCAGACUUCAUGAAAAGUGGUUGUGGAAAGGUCUUUCGAUACCUGAAGGCUCGUUCAGAUAUGAUGCGGUUAACCGUUGCGAUGUUUUUUUUUUUAAAAACUCUUAUCCUGCGAUAAUGAAUACAGCCCAGUGCCACAGGGCUAAUCCCCGUUGUGCCAAGCCACAAAUCCCCCUUGUGCCAAGUUUAUUUCAAGAUAAUCUGAUGGUGCGAUCAAUAGCGCGUGGGAAGCACUCGGCACUCUACAAUGAGCAUGAACAAUAACUGCUAUUACAAAUGCGAGCAUGCAUGCAUGAAGCAGUUCAGCUGUGGCUCGCUCGCGUAAUUAAGCCUCUAAUCGAAAGCGUGCUCGCGUGUACAAAGCACUAUAACUGUGGCGUGCAUGGGGCCUUAUGGCAGGAUAUGAGUUAAACACAGGUUUUGCUGCGUCAUAUUAAACCUGAACGAGACUUGAAUGUUUGUAAAUUUUCUUUGUGUGUUUAAGCAAUUUAUUGUGUAUACAGUAAAAGAUGGUUUAUUGAUUAUUUCAUUGCAUGAAGUAUAAAACUGUUGUUUAUUUAUUCCACUCUAUCACCUAUUUAGGAAAUAAAUGAUGAAGCGUACAUUUACAUACAUUAUUAAACUAGAUAAGUACACUUGGAACAAAAAGCUAAUUCUCCUGUGACAAUAAGCCAGUUCAUAGUUGCAGUCUGAGCAUGAGCAGAUAAAGGUAUUUGCAGACCAAAUUGUGAAAUACACGUAGAUAAAAUACUGGAUACGUGCUCAUGAAAGUUAUGUUAUCAUUUUUCAUUUAUGCACACACAGUGCACUCCGUGAUACACAGGUGGAAGUAUUCUUUGAAAAAGGGCAACAAAACAUUUCAUCAAUAAUAACUAGUGUCUCAUUUAGAUAACAAAUUUGUUCACAGCCAAUCAAAUGCCAACUAUUUUAGUUGAACAGUUAUCUUCGCUUGUUAUUGAUAUCAAGUUUUAUGAGACAAGGACAGACAAAGAGUAAAUAAUUGGAAUCCUGCAAUGAAAUGAAAAAAUUAUGCCCAGAUGCAUGUAUAUUUUCUUAAUGCCUUCUACAGUCUAAAUCCAUGUAGAUAUUUGUAAACCUAGCAUUGAUAAAAUUAUUGCUUUUGUAAGAGUAAUAGAGGGAUUCAAGAAUAUAUCCUCAGAAUCUGUCAGAUUUUUAGCUUUGUGUAAUUUUGAUUUUGACUAAGAUUCGUAAACCUUAUUGUCUGUAUAUUUUGGAAGAUUCAUGUAAGUAAAGCUGGAGAUAUUGAAUCUGUAACGAGCCAUGUGAUACUUGUGAAAAACCAGUGAAAAGCUAGGCCCUGUUUCACAAAACAUAUUGUCAGUCAUGUUUCUGUAACAAGUUCACAAUCGACCAAUCAAAUCCAUUGAUUUCAGUAGCUUAUAACAGUUAUUGUAACCUUUAACCCGAAAAUGAAUUUUAUGAUACAGGGCCCUAUACCAUUGAUGUUGCUUGAAAUAUUUUGUGAAAGUAGGCUGAUGCAAGUCUCCAAUGGUUUUUAGGUUUAUUUUUAUUAAGACGUAACCUAAAAUUGUCAUGUUUUUGAUUUUUUGGUUUUGGUUUUGGUUUUUCAGGAUUGUAUUGUAUGAUCAUGGUAAGAGGUGUGCGAAUGGAGGAGUAGGGCUGUACCGCUGUGCUUCUAUGCUGUAUUCUAAAUUAUUUUCUGUUGGAAUUAUGUUGGUGGUUUCUCAAAAAUUGUGAGGAAGUAUUAUCUGUAAGAAAUCUUGUCACGCUUAGUAUAAGUAAUCUUCUAGUCAUGAACUUAGAAUGAUAUUGGUUUACAUAAUUUCAUGUUUUCAUAAAGUUUUUUAUUAUGAAUUCACAUUUCAUUGCAUUUCAUAUUUACACAUGAACCCAUACACACAAGCUAGCAUUAGUGUUAACGGCUGAAGAAGCGUUUCAACAGUCACCUUUUUUCUAUUUAUGUUAAAUGAUUAUCUUAAGAAUGCUCUAAUUAUGUAACAGUUCUGGUUAGUUGGAAUAGAACAUUACGAGAGCAGAUGUGGCAUGCUCAUUGUAACCUUACAUUCGUAAAUAGAACAAAACAUUGAUAUUGUUCUGUUUAUUGUAAUAAAAUUGGAAAAGAAUAUGUGGAAACAUAAUUAGAAUCAGAAUACGGAGGUAAUUUCGAGGAGUGGUUAUGCAACAGCAAACAGGAAGAUACAGUAACUGAAUUUGUUCACCGCUGCUUUGUUUUGACAAGCACCAUGUAGUAUGCAGAGUGAUGAAAGCAUGAAGAAAAGUUCACUCACUGAAAAGCACAGACAUGGAAAUACACAUCUGGGACUACACCUGGCAAAAUGUCAUAUAAUAAACGCUCUGAACAUUCAGUGUGAAUUUGUUUGUAUUCUGUGAGACUGAGGAGACUUGGAAUUUCAUCGUUUUGUCCUAAUUGAAACUGGAGGAGUUCUCUGUGCAGGGAUGAAGUAUGGUUGAAAACAUGAGCUUUGAAGAUGCAAAAUGAACAGCUAAUGAUAAGCCAUGUUUAAUAUCUAUAAAAUGAAGAGGAGGUAUCAGCGUAAAUUGUAUUGGGUUGCUUUGUAUAAUUUUGUUACUUAUGUUUUGCAAUAAGUUUGAACUUACGUGAUAAAAAGGUUGCUGUGAGUUAAUCACAUGAACAUUGCACUGUAAAAUUACUUCUUGAUUACUAAUUAAUUACUAUUUUUCAUGAUUAAAAAGGUGUAGUGGCCUAUUUUGAUGUACAAUGUAGAAAUGGAGAAAAAAAAUGAAUUCAUGCUUUUGUAACUUUCUCUUGUAGAGUACCAACCUAUCAAUUAAAUUCUAUCUACUAUCC